UUUCUGUCUUUGCAGCCUAUUUGGCGGAUUGCUUGUGAUGCACAUCACAUGCUGGUUUAAUGUUUGUUCAAGACCCAAACUGCAGUGGAGUUUUGAGGGUUGGCAGGUUUGUUUUUCAUUACACGUCCCCGACAGUAUAAACCGGCGUAGCUGGACAGGGCCUUGGGAGAAUCUGGACAAUGGGAGUAAGAACGAGCGUCGCCUCCUACGCCCGCGGCAUCUGCAGCAAGCCUGCAUCGCGCGCCCCAGGGUGGCAGCGCAGGUCUGGGGCUGCGCCACAGCCGCGCCCGCAGAGCUAUUUUUAGCCGCUGCAGCCAGCCGGGCCACCAGACCGGGUGGGCGGCAUCCAAGAGCGCCCCGCCCACCGAGGCCCCGCCCACGCCGCGCCCGGAGCCGCGCGGCUCAAAGCACCCGGCCCGGAUCCCAGAGCCCGCGCCCUGCGCCGGCGGCAAUGAAGAUCUGGAGCUCGGAGCACGUGUUUGGCCACCCGUGGGACACGGUCAUCCAGGCGGCCAUGCGCAAGUACCCGAACCCGAUGAACCCGAGCGUGCUGGGCGUGGAUGUGCUGCAGCGCCGCGUGGACGGCCGCGGCCGCCUGCACAGCCUGCGCCUGCUCAGCACCGAGUGGGGGCUGCCCGGCCUCGUGAGAGCGAUUUUAGGAACCAGUAGGACUUUGACAUACAUCCGAGAACAUUCUGUGGUGGAUCCAGUGGAAAAGAAAAUGGAACUUUGUUCUACCAAUAUCACACUCACAAAUUUGGUGUCAGUUAAUGAGAGGUUGGUGUACACACCUCAUCCAGAGAACCCAGAAAUGACCGUGCUCACACAAGAAGCCAUCAUCACUGUGAAGGGAAUUAGCCUCGGUAGUUAUUUGGAAAGUUUAAUGGCCAAUACGAUAUCGUCCAAUGCAAAGAAGGGGUGGGCCGCUAUCGAGUGGAUAAUUGAACACUCUGAAAGCGCUGUGAGCUAAGGAGGCCUGUGCCUGUGCUUGUGAUAAAUGGUGAUGCUUCCCAGAAGAAAGGAAAGAAGGUGAGGAGAUGAGGAGAGGGCGAGCAAAGACGGGACGGAAGAGCGUGUCUGGCUGCGAGGGCGCACAGGGCCGGGGAGGAGGAAUUAGGCUGGACUCAUCGCGGGUCGCAGGUGACCCCGGGACCAGACGUCCCUCCCCUCAUGAGCGUGCAACAGGGAGCAGCCCCAGCCAGCCCCACCUCCGCCGUCUGAGUGGAUGGAGGGCGCGAGGCCCUCGCCCGUGUCCCUUAGGGGCGGUGCCCAUCGUCCUGCCUGCCGCGGUGGCCCAGGCCCUUCUCUCCCUUCAGGUGGCCCGCGCCGCCCCCGCCCGCCCGCCCGCCUGCCCACACUGUCCUCCACUCAGGCGCCUCCACAGACGCUGGCGGGUGUGCCGCCCUCCAGCCUCUCCGCCCCCCGCCCCCCCUCCCCCGCCCCCGCCCUCGCCCUCGUCCCCGUCCCAGUCCCCUCGGUCCUGCAGAUCAGCAAGCAGCUCUCCUGGGCCCGCGGUUGCUCCGGGCCUCACAUCUGCUGCUGGCCUCGGCGGGCUCUGACUGCGGGGCUCACGGGGCCUGGGGCCACGGCUUUCUUCUCGGCCCCCAAAUGCCUUUCCUGGAGUGGCUAAGCCUCUCCUGACGAGGUUCCUCAUGCGGGGAGAGGGCUGGGGUCCAGGGGUUUCCCGGCCCUUUCUGCAGGCUGUGCCAGCCCCCUCCAGCCUGCCCCUGCCCUGCCCGGGGGACAUCCUGCGCCCAGGCUGGAGGCCCUGCCUCGCUGCUUGCCAGCCUCACCUGCUGGGGCUGGAGGCCAUGGAUCCCUCAUAGUAUCCAAGGUUUGAGUUCCUGUUUUUCUCCUUAUAGUUUUGUGAGUGUUUGAGGGACAACGACCAAAGGUCUUUUUCCCACCAUCUUUAAAUCAAAGUUGUUUAAAACAACAUUAAUUUAAAAAAAUACAUAAAAGCAACCCAGGCUUAUGGUUGAAAAAGAGUACAGGAGUCUGGAGUCCGUUGAAGGGUAAAGGCCUCCCACAAGCUGCCAGUCGGCUCUUUUUCGCAAAGCCUUCCAGAAGUUCUGUGCUUAUGAAAGUGUAUGUGUGGCCUUUCUCUUCCCUUCUUUUAUUAAACACAGAUAGGCUCAUGCUGGAUAAACUGUUUCGUGUCUGUCUUUUUUCUGCGUUUAAGCAGCGUCAUCUUGAGUGGAGCUGUGCGGCGCCUGCCUCCCCAGUCCCGAAGGCAGCGGGGUGCUGGUGCGCUGUCCCUGCGCCGCCCUUCCCGGCACGCAGCGCCCUUGAGCGGCCCAUCUUGCUCCUGCAGCAGCUCUGUAAUAUGCCAGUGGGAAUGGUCUAGAACUUGUCACCUGGUGGUUCUGCUCUAGACGGAAACAAGGAAACGUGGGAUCUGGAAACCAUCUCUGAAGCAGGGAUGGAGAGAAAGGGUCGCACACUGGCUGGGGCACGCAGAGGUCCCUGCGUAUUUUGGGGGGACGAUCACAUUUUUUAGGCAAGGACAGUUGUAAAUGUCAGACUCCAGCCACUUCAAACCUUUGGUGACCAAAGUGGGGUAAAAACAAGCACCUGUGUGCGUUGUGGUUAUUCUUCUAUGCUCUCCAAUAUGUAUAAAUUUUAAGAAGUUUUUCUUGAGGUGGUCAGUUCUUAAACCGAGAAAGUAGUAGUAGUUGAUUUUAAUUAGUGUAAAGUUGUCUUCGUAACUUCUGUGUUGGUUGGAAAUAGGUUCAUUCUUUGUUUUGAAAAGGAGUCAAGUGCGGUGGUGAGAAGGGGAAGAGGAGAGCAGGCGGUUCCAGUGCGACCGAACGGCAGUGCCAGAGGCCGCCCUGCCCCGCCGGCCAGAAACGGACUCAGUGCGGACAUGCAGCUUUGUCCGUGGAGUGUGCAUCUGCACGGAGGUGAGUGUGGUCUGAUGUCCGCGGAAUGUGCAUCUGCACGGAGGUGAGUGUGGUCUGAUAAGGCAGCAGGCAGCUCGUCUGGGAAAACUGAGCAGGGCUCGGCCUCAGUGGCCCAGCAGUGUUUGUGGGGCACCGGACGCGGCCCCGCACCCCUGCUGGCCGGCCUGGCACUGGGAAGAAACGCCCCCUCAGGCGGCCUACUGCUCCCAUCGAAGCCCACAGGCCGUGGCCCUGAGGGCACCCAGUGCUGCUGGUGCGCAGGGUCCGAGACUCUCGCCAGCAGGAACCGCAGUGCACUUGCUGCCUUUCGGCCUCAGUCUUUUUUUUUUUUUUUGAGGCAUAGUCUCGCUCUGGAGUGCAGUAGCGCGCGGCUUCCGCCUCCUGGGAUUAGGUGAUCCUUCCGCCUCGGCCUCCUGCGUAGCUGAGACCACAGGCCCCUGCCACCACACCUAAUUUUUUUUUUUUUUCUUUUUUGAGAUGGAGUCUCCCUCUGUCGCCCAGGCUGAAGUGCAGUGGCGCGAUCUUGGCUCACUGCAAGCUCCACCUCCCAGGUUUACGCCAUUCUCCUGCCUCAGCCUCCCAAGUAGCUGGGACUACAGGCACCCGCCACCACACCCCACUAAUUUUUUGUAUUUUUUUUCAGUAGAGACGGGGCUUCACCGUGUUAGCCAGGAUGGUCUCCAUCUCCUGACCUUGUGAUCCACCUGCCUUGGCCUCCCAAAGUGCUGAGAUUACAGGCGUGAGCCACCACUCCUGGCCAGUAUUUUUUUUUUUUUUUAAGAGACAGGGUCUCACUGUGUUGCCUAGGCUGGUCUCAAACUCCUGGGCUCAAGCCAUCCUUGCACCUCAGCCUUGUCCCUAAAUGCCGGGACCACAGGUGUGUGCCACCAGUUGGGGCCGCAGCCUCUCUUAGAGGCACCCCUGCAUCUCCCAUGAACAGACAGAAAACGAGCAUGCUCCUCCCACCACAGGGCUAUUCUUCCCCAUUUCUAAUAAGUGCUGCUCCCAUUUCCCAAACAAAGCCCAGGUCCCCGGCCAACAUCCUCCUCCUGCCUUUUCUCUUGGGGCUGUUUGGACAUCGCACCUUCCUCCAGCAUCUAGGCUGAGUUCUGGGUUUCCCCGCCCCGCUCUGCUCUGUGUACUCGUCCCUGGCGUUGCCACUCUGUGACCUUGCCUGUGUGUCGCGUGCCCGCUGUGGAGGCCGGGCCGCGGGGCUUGGGGGCUGAGGGGAGGCCAAGUCCGGAGUUACGUGGCGCGAGCCCGGCCGGCCCGCACAUGGUCACUCUGCCAGGCUUAGAGGACCCUGGAGGGGCCCUCAGAGUGGCCACCGCGGACGCCAUCCUCCAGCCCAGGUGCAGCCCCCGGAGGCUGCGGGUCUCGCUGCCAUCUCCACUGCCACCUCGUGCGAAGCCCAGGCCGGGAUUCCCCGCCAGAGCUGCUCCCGUAAAUGCUCGUCACCUCCUGCAGAGCCCGGGGUCAUCUGUUAUGCAGGCAGUGAAUGCACCGCCUCGUACUUGUCUGCACAGUCACCUUCUGUCUGGCCUCUUGCUCAUGCUGUCCCACUUCUUACACUGCUCCAAAAAUAUUCCUGUCAUAAAGUCCCUUGAUUAGAAAGCUAGGGAGGGUUCUUGUCCCUUUCUGAAAAAAGUCAAAAGCAAGGCUGAGGCACCGGCACGGGUGAGUGAGGCAGGCGGGCAGCGGUGGCCCCUCAGAGCCCAACCUCAGAUCUUCUGCAGAGCUCUCCCUCCGGCGCCGUCCCACAGCGCCACAGCCCACCAUCACCAUCAAUUCCUAGAGAUUUAUGUUGCCUUGAACUAUGUUUUAAAACUAUUCGCGUAUGUAUUUGACUAGCCUGGGCUCAAAGUUCUUCCGAGCCAAGGCAGAUGUCCUGCUUUUGAGCUGAUGGUCCUGGGUCUUCUCUAAGGGCUUUGGUGACUGGAGAACCGCCUGGAGUCAGAGCUGCCCGAAGGCGGCCCGAGGGCAGUUGCAGCCUCAGCUUGAUGCCGGGCUAGUGGUUUCACCUUAAGCAAAUGACUACGUUAUUAUUCCCAAGUUUUGCAUCUGUAAAAGAGGCCGUUAAUAGCGUCUGUGUGAGAGUUGAGUGUGGGAGGAGAGAAUGGGAUGCUGAGCGGGAUGCUGAGCAGGAUGCUUGCGUACAGUAAGCCCUGGAAAACUGGCAGCGGUCAGCUACUGAAAAGCAAAGUUUCUAAAACUAUGUAUUAAUAGUAACAUAAGCAUAGAAUAAUGUCAUAAAGUUUAUUUUCAUAUUUUUCCUUAUUUUAUUGGCCAAAUUAUCUUAAUAUGACACAUUUGAAAGUUUAAUAUUUACUUCAGCCUAACUGGUAUAAAAUCGUUAAUCAAACUUUAACACUCAUUUUUGUUUAAAUUUAAGGGGUACAAAGGCUUUUUUUGUUUUGUCUUGUUUUGAGACGGAGUCUCACUCUGUCACCCAGGCUGGAGGGCAGUGGCAUGAUCUCAGCUCACUGCAACCUCUGCCUCCCAGGUUCAAGCGAUUCUCCUGCCUCAGUCUCCCAAGUAGCUGGGAUUACAGGUGUCUGCCACCAUGCCAGGCUAAUUUUUGUAUUUUUAGUAGAGAUGGAGUUUCACCAUGUUGGCCAGGCUGGUCUAGAACUCCUGACCUCAGGUGAUCCGCCCAGAUCACUUUGGCCUCCCAAAGUGCUGGGAUUACAGGCAUGAUUCCACUGCGCCCCGCCAAAUGCAGUUUUGAUACACGGAUCUGUCACAUAGUGGAGUCUGGGCUUUUAGUGUACCCAUCACCCAAAUAGUGUACAUUACACAUUAAGUAAUUUCUUCCUCCUCACUUCCCUCUCACCCUCAGAGUCUUCCAUUGAGCAUAUACCAUGUGUUCUUUAGCUCCUCGUCCACUGAUGUACAUUCAGGUUGAUUCUGUCCCUGCCAUUGUGAAUAGUGCUGCAAUAAACAAAAUUGCAGGUAGUUUUAUGAAUUAUUUUCCUUUGUGUAGAUACCCAGAGUUGGGAUUGCUGGAUCAAAAAUUAGCUGGAGAGAGAGUUGUGCCCUCAUGUCACUUCCUCCCAUUGCUGACUCGCUGGUGCUGCCCACGGGGCUCUACAGAGCAUGCCUGCUCCCCCUGCCAAGUGGCUCCCUCACGUUGCCUCUUCCUUCUCACUCCUCCCUGCAACACGUCCCACUACUUAUACCUUCUGCAUUGUAUGGUGAUGUGUGCCUGUAGUCCCAGCUACUCAGGAGGCUGAUGUGGAAGGAUCACCUGAUCCAGGAGUUCGAGGCUGCAGUGAGCCAUGAUUAAACCACUGCACUCCAGCCUGGGCAAGACAGUGAGACCCUAUCUCAAAAAAGCUAAAACAAAUGAAACCAGAAAACUCCAUACUGUUUUCCACAGAGGUUGUACUAAUUUGCAUUCCAACCAACAGUAUAUAAGCAUUCCCUUUUCUCCACAUCCUUGUCAAUGUCUAUAAUUUUUUUGACUUUUCAGCGAUAGCAAUUUUGACUAGCUUGAGAUGGUAUCUCAUUGCGGUUUUAAUGUGCAUUUCUCUGAUGAUAGUGAUGUUGAGCAUUUUAUUUAUUUUUUAUUUUUUUGAGAUGGAGUCUUGCCUUGUUGCCCAGUCCAGUGUCGCCAUCUCAGCUCACUGCAACUUCCGCCUCCCGUGUUCAAACGAUUCUCCUGCCUCAGCCUCCCAAGUAGCUGGGAUUACAGACGCCUGCCACUAUGCCCAGCUAUUUUUUGUAUUUUUAGUAGAGACGGGGUUUCACCACGUUGGCCCGGCUGGUCCCGAACUCCUGACCUCAUAAUCUGCCCCCCUUGGCCUCCCAAAAUGCUGGGAUUACAGGCAUGAGCCACAGCACCUGGCUGAUGUUGAGCAUUUUAAAAUAUGCUGGUUGGGCCGGGUGCAGUGGCUCGGGCCUGCAAUUCCAGCACUUUGGGAGGUCGAGGCGAGCACAUUGCUUGAGCCCAGGAGUUGAGACUAGACUGGGCAAGGUGGCAAAACCCCAUCUCUACUAGGAACACAAAAAAUUAGCCAGGCGUGGUGGUGCACCUCUGUGGUCCCAGCUACUUUGGAGGUGGUAGUGGGAGGAUCACCUGAGCUCAGGAAGUGAAGGCUGCAGUGAGCCGUGAUUGUGUCACUGCACUCCAGCCUGGGCGACGGGAGUGAGACCCUGUCUCAAUAAAAAAGAAAAUAAAUUAAAAAAUAAAAUAUGCUUGUUGGCCAUUUGUAUGUCUUCUUUUGAAAAAUGUCUAUUCAUGUCCUUUGCCCACCUUAUUAUUGGGCUAUUUUGCUGUUAUUGCUGAGUUCCGUGUAAACUCUGGAUCUUAGUCCCCUGCUGGUUGUGUAGUUUGCAAAUAUUUUCUCCCAUUCUGCAGGCUGUCUCUUCACUCCGUUUCUUUCUUUUGCCGUGCAAUAAUAAAACUUGUAUGAUUAAUCUA